CACCUUUUUGUAAACCGGGGACGUGACUCUCCGGAGCUGCAACUACCUCCGCUGAAUUCGACUUUGUUUUUAUUUCUCGCUCGCUUCCUCUUGUUUUCCCCUCAUCUGAAUGAUCUGUGAAGCCCGAUGUUUCUGCCAGAGGGAGCGAGGAAUAAAUAGAUGCCGCUGCCCCAGAAGGCUUAGACGCCGAGAACGAGCAGCCAGAGCGGCGGGGGCGGCGGCUGGAGCUCGUGGGACCCCAUUGGGGGAAUUUGAUCCAAGGAAGCUGUGAGAUUGCCGGGGGAGGAGAAGCUCCCAGAUCAUUGUGUUCACUUGCCGGGCGGAGGAGAGACGGCGCUGCGGGCCUGUCGCGUCCUCGGCGCUGCUGCUCGCUGCCCCAUCCUGCCCCGUCCUGCCGGGACCAUGGUCUGCGGCAGCCCGGGACGGAUGGUGCUGCUCGCCCUGGCUGCGCUCUGCCUGCUCCGGGCGCCCGGAGUCGGGGCUGCAGCCUGUGAGCCCGUCCGCAUCCCGCUGUGCAAGUCCCUGCCCUGGAACAUGACCAAGAUGCCCAAUCACCUGCACCACAGCACCCAGGCCAACGCCAUCCUGGCCAUCGAGCAGUUCGAAGGGCUGCUGGGCACCCACUGCAGCCCCGAUCUGCUCUUCUUCCUCUGCGCUAUGUAUGCGCCCAUCUGCACCAUUGACUUCCAGCAUGAGCCCAUCAAGCCCUGCAAGUCUGUGUGCGAGCGAGCCCGGCAGGGCUGUGAGCCCAUCCUCAUCAAGUACCGCCACGCGUGGCCCGAGAGCCUGGCCUGCGAGGAGCUGCCUGUUUAUGACCGCGGCGUGUGCAUCUCUCCCGAGGCCAUCGUCACCGCGGACGGAGCGGAUUUUCCUAUGGAUUCUAGUAAUGGAAACUGUAGAGGAGCAAGCAGUGUACGCUGCAAAUGUAAGCCUAUUAGAGCUUCACAGAAGACCUAUUUCCGAAACAAUUACAACUAUGUCAUUCGAGCUAAAGUUAAAGAGGUAAAGACGCAGUGCCAUGAUGUGACCGCAGUAGUGGAGGUGAAGGAGAUUCUAAAGGCUUCUCUGGUGAGCAUCCCGCGGGGCACUGCUGACCUCCACGCCGGCUCUGGCUGCCUGUGCCCCCCCCUUAACGUUCACGAGGAAUAUAUCAUCAUGGGCUAUGAAGACGAGGAGCGCUCCAGAUUACUGUUGGUGGAAGGUUCUAUUGCUGAGAAAUGGAAGGAUCGACUUGGUAAAAAAGUUAAGCGCUGGGAUGCGAAGCUACGUCAUCUUGCACUCAAUAAGAGUGAUUCUACCCAUAGUGAUACCACUCAGAGUCAGAAGUCUGGCAGGAACUCUAACCCCCGGCAAGCACGCAACUAAACCCUGAGACGCUGAACAUCAGUGGACUUCCUGUUAUGAUUUGCAUUGCUGGGCUAGUAAAGGAAAAUUGCACUAUUGCACAUCAUAUUCUAUUUUUUACCACAAAAAUCUCGUGGCAAUUGAUAUUGCUUCUGUUUCCCUUUUGUUUUCUGCUUUUCUCCCUCACACCUGCCACCUCCUUUUUUUGUGGUCUGGGUGCAGAUCCUUAAAUAUAUUACAUGUUUCCUAUUCUGGUAAUCAUGGGAAAAUGUUCUUUGCAUAAUAAUAAAUUAAACAUGUUGAUACCACGGC